AUGGCUAAGCCUCUGCUGAAGAUACAGCGCUAUUUCCGGAGGAAACCUGUCCGCUUUUUUUCCCUCAUCCUCCUCUACCUAACUGCUGGGAGCCUCGUCUUCCUGCACUCAGGCUUUGUUGGGGACAGUGGUCCCGGGGCUCGAGGGGGCCGGGACUCUGCAGUAGCUUUAGAGAUGGGCAGCCGGACCUCCUUGUCAGACAAUCGGGGGCUUGGCAUCAUGCGCAGAGUGUUUAAGGAGACUCAUAGGUCUGGCCGGAGGUAUGGCCCCCCGUGGAUGAAAAAGACUGGCCAGGACACUGAGAGAAAGGGUGAAGACUACACAAGAAACUGGAACCGUGCACUUAAAGGACGCAAUGCCAAAGACAUGGACGAUGGAAGAGCAAAGUAUAUUGGCUGCUACAUUGAUGACACACAGAAAAGAGCACUGAGAGGAGUUUCCUUUUUUGACUACAAAAAAAUGACUGUAUUCCGUUGCCAGGACAACUGUGCAGAAAGAGGUUACAUGUACGCAGGUCUGGAGUUUGGAGCAGAGUGCUACUGUGGCCACAAGAUCCAGGCGCCCAACUGUUCAGAGAGCGAGUGCAGCAUGGAAUGUAAAGGAGAGAAGAGCAACCUGUGUGGAGGAGCCAACCGAUUGUCCAUCUAUAGGCUGGAGCUGAGCCAGGAGUCAGCACGCCGCUAUGGCAGCGCCAUUUUCAAGGGGUGUUUCCACCGGCCAGACAAUGUGACUUUGGCACUUCCUUUCAGUGCAGUCAUCUUAAACAUGUCUGUGGACAAGUGUGUUGACAUGUGCACAGAGAGGGAGAAAUCGCUCGCUGUCCUGGCUGGAGAUCGAUGUCACUGCGGCUUCCCGACUUCUCUCUUCUCCCUUCACGAGCAGGAGGAUGAGAAAAUGUGUCUCCAUCACUGCCACGGGGAAGAGUUUGAGAGCUGUGGGAACAACGAGUACUUUGUCGUUUACCAGACGCAGGUUCCAGAUAACCGCUGCAUGGACAGACAUUUCCUCCCCACUCACGCCAAGCAGCUGGUGGCCCUCGCCAGUUUCCCCGGAGCUGGCAACACCUGGGCUCGUCACCUCAUAGAGCUCGCCACUGGCUUCUACACUGGCAGCUAUUACUUUGAUGGCUCCCUUUACAAUAAAGGAUUUAAAGGGGAGAGAGACCACUGGCGGAGUGGAAGGACUAUCUGCAUUAAGACACAUGAGAGCGGCAAAAAAGAGAUUGAAGCAUUCGACUCCGGCAUCGUCAUGAUCCGAAACCCCUACAAAGCUCUCAUGGCAGAGUUUAACCGCAAAUAUGGAGGACACAUUGGAUUUGCCUCCCAGGCUCACUGGAGGGGGAAAGAGUGGCCCGAGUUUGUGAAGAACUAUGCUCCUUGGUGGGCGUCCCACACCUUGGACUGGCUCCGUUAUGGGAAGAACGUUCAGGUGGUCCACUUUGAAGAACUGAAGAGGGACCUGUUCUCUCGGCUCAAGGGGAUGGUCCAGUUUUUGGGUCUGAAGGUUUCUGAGGACCGACUGCUCUGCGUUGAGGGCCAGAAAGAUGGCAACUUUAAGCGGUCUGGGCUACGCAAACUUGAAUAUGACCCAUACACUCUCGAAAUGCGAGCUAUCAUUAAUGAACUGAUCAGAACAGUAGACGCUGCCUUGAAGAAAAGAAAGAUGUCUGGAGUUCCAGGCGAAUACAUGCCAAGAUGAUACACAGUCCCCUCGUUUCCCUUUUAAUUGGACUGUUCUAUCAACAGACUGCACCAUAUUUUGUAGGAUUGCAUCACUUAAAUUGUAUUUUCCAUUUUUUUCAACAUAGAUUGAAAUUAUAGUGGGAAGAAAGUCUCAAGCAGUCUCUCUACCCUCCUAUAUUCAUUUUUUAAUCACAUUUUUUUCAUUUUUUUGUUUACCUUAGAUAGUAACAGCUCCAUGCAUUAAUAGAAAAGGCUUUUUUCUUUAGUUGAAUGAAAAAUAUUUCUUAUCUUGCUCUAUGCACAUGUGCGGUGCGGGCAUGUGCACAUGCCUUAACAUGAAGAAGGUACAAUA